UCCUUCUGCUUUAACAAGCUGGGAAGGGAGGGAGCAGCCAAACUGCCUCCCGUGCUCCCAGGCUUGGCAGGGGGCUGUGUAUUUUGAGUGCAUUUGGCAGAGUUUUGGUGUUCUGACUCAGCAAAUGGGAACAAAGGGAGGAUGGCGAAGCCUUCCUUUAUUCCAUAAUCCUGUUUGCUUUUCUGGAAAUCGGCUAUAGCCUCAGAAUUACUGACUCAAUUUUUGGAUCCUAUUCUCAUGACAAAGCGGCUGUCUGGUUUAAAACAAGCCCGUUAUAAAAAGGGCACCUCGGCUCCUGGCUGUUCGUAACAGCUCCUGACAUUCCUCCGGCACAGGGGAGCUUGGCUGGAACGGAAAAUGUCCAGAGCUGGAACCAAGGUCACCUUCUAUGAAGACAAGAACUUCCUCGGCCGUUACUACGAGUGUGACAGCGACUGCCCCGACUUCCACACCUACCUGAGCCGCUGCAACUCGAUCCGUGUGGAUGGAGGCACCUGGGUGGCCUACGAGAGGCCGAACUAUGCCGGGAACAUGUAUGUACUGACGCAUGGCGAGUACCCCGACUACCACCACUGGAUGGGCCUCAACGACCGCCUGGGCUCCUGCAAGUACAUCCAGAUUCCAAGUGGAGGCCGGGGUCACAUCCAGGUGUUCGAGAAGGGCGAUUUCGGUGGGCAGAUGUUCGAAGCCACCGAAGACUGCCCCUCUGUCAUGGAGGAGUGGCACAUGCGUGAGGUGCACGCCUGCAGGGUGCUGGAGGGCGUCUGGGUUUUCUACGAGCACCCCAACUACCGGGGCCGGCAGUACCUGCUUCCCAAGGGGGAAUACCGCAAGCCCGUGGAGUGGGGAGCGGCCAGUCCCGCCGUCCAGUCCUUCCGCAGCAUCUCCGAGUGAGCCGAGCCCAUGGGCUGGGCUGCCACAACCCCCAAUAAAGC